AUGUACUCGGACUGCGGAACUAACUUCAUCGGGGCGGACAACCAACUCCGAGAAUUCUUCCGCGCGUCGUCUUCCGACGGCCGUCGCAUCUCUCGGGAAGUCGCCAAGGAAGGGAUAUCCUGGCGCUUCAAUCCUCCCGCCGCGCCGCACUUCGGAGGCCUCUGGGAAACGGCGGUGAAAUCCAUGAAACACCACCUGCGACGGGUGAUAGGAGAGACUACGCUCACCUUCGAGGAGAUGAGUACUCUUCUUUCACAAAUCGAAGCAUGUUUAAAUUCUCGUCCAUUGCAGGCUUUCUCAGAUGACCCCGACGACAUCACCGCAUUGACUCCUGGGCAUCUCCUAAUAGGCGCCCCUCUACUGGCGGUCCCAGAGCCUUCACUAGCCGAACGGCGUCCGAACGCCCUAUCCCGGUGGCAGCUGCUGCAACGAAUGCGUGACCACUUCUGGCAGCGAUGGUCUCAGGAGUAUGUCCACGCCUUGGCACCUCGAUCAAAAUGGCUCAAAUCCGAGCCCGCUCCGGAGGUCGGAGCAUUGUGCCUCAUCCGCUCGGAGAUCACCCUGCCUUCCCGAUGGCCCCUCGCGAAUACUCGCGCUGCAUCCAGGAAGCGAUGGCACGGUCCGCGUUGUGACUGUCCGCACCUCCACCUCGGAUCUCGUUCGGCCAGUCGUAAAACUCGUCCUUUUACCGGGAGUCAAGGAGGCUCGCGCGUCCGUAGGCGAAUAAUGCUCGGGCACUAUUCUCCCCGCGAUGCGUAG